UAAUUGCGUUUCAAGCAUUAAGCAACACUGGUCGACGCUAGCAAGAAGAAUUUAAUCACAAUUUAAUUUCUUUAGUUUUUUGGGUUUUUAUUUAAAUUAAGAGCACGCACCGAAUCAAAAACGCAAUCAGCGCCAAUCGAAUUGAGUUUUCAAUCAGCAGACAGUCGUCAAUUAAGGCCUCUGCCAAUGUGCCCCAAACAUCCAGCAGUGCAACAACACCCACACUAAAAACAAAUUUUCAGUUCUUCGCCAGAUGUUCAAACGUCGCCUCGCCAGCAACCGAAACCGAAUUUCCACUAGCAACCGAUUCUUCCAGGCCUUCAACUGACCCCACUGAACCCGAUUAUGGACGUAUCCGCCUCCACAUCGUUUGAAUCCUCGCCGGACAAGAGAAACAGCACCUACGUGGGCGACAACACUUUCUAUGACAGCGCCCUGGAUCACCAGCUGUCCACCACGGCCUACAAGUCGUGCAAUGAGAGCCUUAUCAGUGAACUCAGCCAGAAUCCUCUUGGCCACUCGAACUCGGCCAACAAGACAGCCAGUGCUGAAUUCGGCAAUGAAUCCGCUGCAUUCAAGACCCUCGGAUCCCCGGCAGCUUUCAACAAUGCCACGCCAGCGCUCAAUGCCAGCAUGCUGCUGAUUCAGUCGGAGAGCACGGACACAAAUACCUCGCAGGAGGAGGUGGACCCCAAGUCACAACUGGCCAACAAGACAAUAUUCAAGACGGAUAAUCCCAACCUGUCAAUUAUAGAAAUUAACGAUAACUCGAUUAAGGAGGAGGACCUCGAGAAGGUGGUGCUGGUCGAGGGCGACAGUGUAAAGAAUCUUUUGAAGAAGUCGCCCAGCAAGGAGACUUCGGCAAACGCUGACAAGAGACGCCGCAAAGAAUCGCUGCUGCACACGAGCAAACAAAAAUUGGACAUUUCCAUCGCUGAAGCUUCGGCAGCCGCCGAUGGCCAUAGCGAGAAGCGGGAUCUGGUGCCGGUCAUCGAUCAGCCGCAGACCAAGCGCGAAAUCACAAUCUACGAUACCAUUGAGGAGUUCGAACAGAAUCUGCCGUCGACGGUGACGCUGUUGAACACGCCCUUCGGCAGCAAGGUAUAUCUUGUGGGCACGGCCCACUUCAGCGAGGAGUCGCAGGAUGACGUCUCUUAUGUCAUUCGCAAUGUCCGUCCAGAUGUGGUAAUGGUGGAGUUGUGUCCAUCGCGCAUACACAUCCUUAAGCUCGAUGAGAAGACCCUGCUGGAGGAAGCCAAAAGCAUCAAUAUUCCCAAGAUUCGCGGAAUCCUGCACACGCACGGCUACAUCAACGGCAUCUUUUUCAUCCUACUGCUGCAGAUGAGCGCUCAAAUCGCCAAGGACCUGGGCAUGGCGCCCGGUGGCGAGUUUCGUCGUGCCUUCGAGGAGAUUCACAAGCUACCCGGUUGCAUCUUACAUCUGGGCGAUCGCCCAAUCCGCAUCACACUUUACCGCGCUCUGCGCGCUUUGUCCAUGUGGCAGACCAUGAAACUGGUGUGGCGCCUUACCUUCACGGACAGCAUCAGCAUUGAGGAGGUAGAGGAAUGCAAGCAGAGCGAUCUGCUAGAGAAGCUGAUGCAGGAGAUGGCCGGCGAGUUUCCUGCCUUUUCGGAUGUGUUUGUGCGCGAGCGCGACGUUUUCCUUUGCCACUCUCUGCAACUGGCUGCGCUGCCUCAGGCGGCGCCAGGUGGCCAACAGGUCCGUCCGGUACGUGUGGUCGGAGUGGUGGGCAUCGGCCACGCCAACGGAAUUGCCAAGAUGUGGGGCACCGUCGAUCCGAAGAAGAUUCCGGCCAUUCUCGAAAUACCGCCAGCCAGCCUGGGACAACGCGUCUGCAAGUACACGCUGAAGUACGGCCUAAUUGGCCUCGGAUGCUACGGUGCCUUCCGUUUCUUCCGGCCCCGCCUGACCCGUUUCUUUUAGAUGGACUGUGGACCAAGUAUGAGGCGACUGUGUACCCUGUGUCUGCUAUGUUAAUGAUUUUGUUAUUAGUGACUAACGAAUCCCUGCGCUGAUUUACCAUUUUUGGAGUGCGCUGCUGAAGCGAAUUAGUUUUAUUUUUCAAUGAUGUUUUGAUAGACUCGUUUAUAUACGAAAUAUAUCCAUGGAUGUAUAUACAUACAAACCAAACAGGAAAGACCACAACACAUAAUCUUAGUUUUAAAACACCCAACACCAAUUUCAAAGAAAUCAAUUGGUUUUUAAGAUGGGACGCUGUUCCCUCUGAUGGAUUUUAUCAUUCCCAUUUAUCAGUUUGAUGAUUGAUUCCAAAUUAAAAACAAGUAGUAGAGUCGUAGAGAACCUAACACAUUGUUAUUGUUGACUAAAAAGAACCACAUGUAUAUGAUACCAAAUUUUGCAUAGUUAAGGCAUCGUACCGUAUUCCAUGUUGUAUGUACAAGGUUUCCUAGCAGGCCUGGCUUGUGUUGAGCUCGAGAAUGCAGAAUGCAAUGUAAAUUCCAAUAACUACUACAUAUAGAACCCGCCUCAGCAUUUGCAUUACUUCAUCUUCCAGUUCUACUCAUAGAUGUUGUUCAUUCCGUAGCGAAAAUCCAAACGUUAGCCUAGUACUCUGUAGAAAUGUGUUAUAAUGCUAGAAAAAAAGAGGAAUUUUACAAAACGAAAACCGAAACAUACCAACCCUACAUGUACUUUACUAACUAUACUAUACUAUAUACUAUAUCUGAGCGUUGUAAACGUAAACAUGUUUUAAAAGUGCGAGUAGCAAGCGAACUAAAAACCGAAAAUCAAUCUGUAAAUGUAUCUUGUAGCUGCGUAGGUUUGCUAAUCCGUACGUGGUGUUAUGUAGCAUUUAGAAUAGAACUAACUUACCACCCGAAGCGAACGAGCCUUUGUUUGCAACUGACUCAAAUAAAUGUACUAUAUGUAUUCCAGUCGA